UGUGUUAUUAGAUGACACGUUUUAUUCUUCUUUUUCUUCAGGCUACAAAAUUCAAUUGCCCAUCGGAGGGAGAACCAUCGUCGCAGGCGCAACCAUGCUUGUCACCGCCACCUUACGUUCGGAACUCCGAGAUCAUCAAAAUGGUGCCGCUGCCGGAUAUUGUUAAGCCCAAGUCUCUUUGCUUCGAAACAAACCCCGUUCAACAUGAGCUCCCCAUAACUGAUAAGGAUCCAUGGACUGAUUCCCACUCUGUAAUCCCCUUCCUGCAGAACCCACAGCCCCAAACAGACCAAAUAUUCUCAUCCGAAACGCAAGAAUUCUUGGCAAGGUUCGACCCCUAUUUCGACAUGUUAGGACCUCUGGAUGCUUUGGAGCUUGGAAACGGAGGAGAACCACUUGUCAUGGAGCCUCCAUUGUUUGAACCAGUAGGAAGCUGUCUAAGUUGUGAAGGGGAGAAAAUCGACCAUACCAUGACUCCGGAUUGUGUGUUCGAUGACUUCCCGACAGACAUGUUUGAUCAAUUUGACCCGCUUCCGAACACAUCAGGAUCAGGGCAGCAUUGAUUGACAAUAACCUUGUACCUCUUCUAUAAUAUUUGUAUUAGUUUCUUUAGCAACGUAUUGACAAGGACCUGCUGGCAUGGUAAUGCUUGUUACUGCCAUUC